AUGCUUACCCAAGCCAAAGAUCGCGUCGCGAACCGUCGCGAACAAUUGCGCAAGGCACAAAAAACAUUCCGGGAACGACGAGACCAGUACCUCAAACAGCUUGAACAACAAGUCCAGCGGUUGCAAAAGACCGAAUCUGACCUGCAGAGUCAAGUCGAUCGCCUUCAACAUGAGCUUUCAGAGGCGACCGGACGGUUUGUUGUCGCGGACAGCAAAAGGAACGGCACCACGCAGUAUCUUGGCCAGAACGAUUUUCCAGCUGGAGAGAAGUGGGAGAGCAGCACCUUUAUAUCUCCUGACCCCAACCAUGGAUCAGUAAACGGUGGCAGUGCUGUCAUAUGGAUCGAGAACCAGAAUCACAAACCUUGGCAAAUGCAUGUUCAGCUGGCGUCGCCGCCUCCAAAGGAUCAUCCGCAGUGGCCGCUCAGCCCAGUCAGUCUGGAGAGCGAGAUUACCUCAUCACCCCAGGAUGGGUAUGUGAGACAGCUGGAGAACUUCAAUGACAAUUGGGCAGAUGGGCAUGUCCAGGCCGGUUUUUCGCUGAUCAACCCUUCCAUUUUGCAGUCCAGUUCAUCUUUCGUGGCGCAGCUUGACCCGGUCGUCGUCGGGAUGGAGUUCGUUCUCAAACUCGAGAGACCCUGUCUCCCUCACAUACACCAACCGGAUGGCGACCAGGGCGCGCCGCACGGUCACGUCCAUACAGCCACCGCUGCCUUGAUCUGUAGUGCUCAUGCCUCGCCCUCGGAAGAUCUAGUGUCCCGCCGCUGGAAUGCGCCGGCCGAAGUCCUGCGACGAUUGCUGGACAUUUCGAGCAGCCUACCGAUCGAGGAAGGCUCAGAAGUCACCCCCAUACAGGUGUGGCACAUGAUCAGUCAAGGUCCGGACUUUAGUAGGAUGAAGGUGGCACAUUUGGUGUGGAUGUCGGACCGGUUGCUGCGUCAGAUUAAAUGUUACGGGUUCGGUGCCGUCGUAACGCAAGACUAUCUCAAGAAGAUGCUUACUGAGAUGCGCGUCUGA